UCCUCGUCUAUGGUUGAUGCAACUGUAAGACAAUACAGUGAAUCAGUUUGAAUUUUAACCUAAAAUGUAAGUAAAUAGUGAUACGUUCUUUUUAUUUUCUUCAACAUUAAUCGUUAUUAGUGCCUGUGAAAGUUGGUAAGUAAUAAGAAGUUGUGAAACGAACAAUCAAGGAGUUGGACAAAAAUUAGAAAUAUUCAUAAAUUUUAUAAUAUACGUCAGAAAUUUUUGUCCGGUGUAACGCAGGAUUUCUGUGAAUACACUUUCGAAGUUAGAUUGCAAAGAAUAUAAACAGUUUUUCAAGAAAUAUCAUAAAUAAAAACUAAACUUCCUUUAAAGGAAAUUUGUGCAGUUUAAGCUACACAAAAUGCAAAAGGUUAAAGUUUCAUUUUUUAUGAAACAAUCGAUACCUAUUUAGAUAAUAUGUUGCACAAUAAAGUGGUGAGCAAACUUUGCAUUAGAUGUAAAAAUGGCUGAUAUUGUUUAUAAUUUUAUGAAAGUACAAAACAGGCCUUAUAGUGUCAACGACAUUGUGUCUAAUCUACACAAUGAAUAUGGUAAAAAUUCUGUGCAAAAAGCUAUAGACAAAUUAGUAGCUGAAGGGAAGAUAUUUGAAAAAGUCUAUGGGAAACAGAAGGUUUAUUGUCCAGUUCAGGAUUCGAAUUUGGAAGUGCACGAAUUGAUGAGAAUAGAUAAAGAACUGCAGUCGCACGCCAAUGAAGUUGAGAGCAAGUAUCAGGAAUUAGAGAAAGAAAUUAAAGUUCAGGAAGCCUUAUUGAUAUCUAUCAAAUCUAGUAUUACGAUCGAAGAAGCUAACAGACAGAGAAACGAGCUCAGAGAAAGUAUUGCGGUGUUAACGAAUAAAUUAGAUGCAUUGAUGGCAUCGAGCGGUACCGAAGAUUUGGCCGAAUCUAGGAGGAAAGCGGAGAGAGCGCUGAACGAGUAUUCACGCGAGUACAAUAAACGAAAACGUUUAUGUACCGAAAUUAUCGAUUGUAUAUUGGAAAACUAUCCUGGUAGCAAAACUGAGUUGUACGAGGAGAUAGGUAUAGAACCAAAAGUUAUUCAGUGAAGAUCUGUAUAUUUAAUAUACUUUUAUAUCAUUGCAUCUAAUCUAUGUAUAUUUUUGUAUUUAAUGUAGGCACUUGUAUAAGUUAACAGACAAUGCUCUCUCUCUGUAUAUUAAAAUAUUUGUUAAUAAAUAAUUGUAUUACCUGAAACGGUAACGUAAGUUUAGCGUAAGUUAAUUAAUAAAAAUAUUUGUAACAUGUAAUAUUUUA